ACCGCGGGAGCCCUGAGACCCCGCGCCCCCCUGGCCUGGGCGGCGGCGGCGGCGGCGGCGGCAUGCACGGCGCGCGGCGGAGCUGACGGCGGCCGCCGGCCCCAUGUCUUUCGCGAUGCUGCGCUCGGCACCGCCCGGCCGCUACCUGUACCCCGAGGUGAGCCCGCUGUCGGAGGACGAGGACCGCGGCAGCGAGAGUUCGGGCUCCGACGAGAAGCCCUGCCGCGUGCACGCGGCGCGCUGCGGCCUCCAGGGCGCCCGGAGACGGGCCGGGGGCCGGCGGGCGGGGGGCGGCGGCCCGGGGCCUGGGGGGCGGCCGGGCCGCGAGCCCCGACAGCGGCACACGGCGAACGCGCGCGAGCGGGACCGGACGAACAGCGUGAACACGGCCUUCACGGCGCUGCGCACGCUCAUCCCCACCGAGCCGGCCGACCGCAAGCUCUCCAAGAUCGAGACCCUGCGCCUGGCCUCCAGCUACAUCUCGCACCUGGGCAACGUGUUGCUGGUGGGUGAGGCCUGCGGCGACGGGCAACCCUGCCACUCGGGGCCCGCCUUCUUCCACGCGGCGCGCUCGGGCAGCCCUCCGCCGCCGCCGCCGCCCCCGCCCCCCGCCCGCGACGGCGAGAACGCGCAGCCCAAACAGAUCUGCACCUUCUGCCUCAGCAACCAGAGAAAGUUGAGCAAGGACCGAGACAGAAAGACGGCGAUUCGGAGUUAGAGGCGGAUGCCACUGGGCCAUCCACGGAGAGCCCCCCCGGACCUGACUCGGGCACAGGCCUCCCUGAGGGCACCCCCCAGGCCAGCCCUGCCCCAGCUGUGAGCGGGGCCGAUGGACAGACAGGCGGUGGGACUCGGAGCUGGCCCAGCACUUGCCCAGCCCCACUGGAACUUUCCGUGCUGGCUCCCAACCUGAUUUUCUUCUGGUCACUAUGUGCUGGCGUCUUGUGUCUUUGAUAUGAUAAUAUAAAGUCUGGAAACUUUGUAUAAUUAAAAACAAAACAAUUAUCUUCUAAA